AAUCGUAUUAAAGCUACGAAACCCUAGAUUUCGUGUUCAAAACUCGGAUUUGUUCGCUAUCCAAAGACGAAUGGCUGAUCAAGGAUUGGAAGGGAGUAAUCCUGUGGACCUUAGCAAGCAUCCUUCAGGGAUUGUUCCUACUCCUCAUAGUCCAGUCAUUUACAAGAUGCCACCAAGAAUUGCUGCUAUCCGUCUUGUAAGCUCUCAUCGUGAGGUCUACGAACCAUGUGAUGAUUCAUUUGCACUAGUUGAUGCAUUACUCGCUGAUCGCACCAACCUGAUAGAGCACAACCCUAAGAUUUGUAUGGAGAUUGGAUGCGGAAGCGGGUAUGUCAUAACUUCACUUAUACUUCUUCUUAAAAACGAAGUUCCUGGUGUUCAUUAUCUCGCCACUGACACAAACCCAAUAGCUACAAGAGUGACAAAAGAAACUCUACAAGCACAUGGAGUCGAUGCUGAUGUCAUCUGCACGGAUAUAGCUUCGGUUCUAGAGAAGAGACUUGCUGGCUCAGUGGACGUGAUUGUGGUGAAUCCACCUUAUGUGCCAACACCGGAAUAUGAAGUUGGAAUGGAAGGUAUUGCCUCUGCUUGGGCUGGAGGGGAAAAUGGCCGGACUGUUAUCGAUAAAAUCUUGCCUGUGGUUGAUCUUUUGCUUUCGGAGAAAGGUUGGUUCUACUUAGUGACAUUAACUUCGAAUUUCCCAGCAGAGAUUUGUCUGAUGAUGAGAAAGAAGGGUUACGCGUCAAGAAUUGUGGUUCAGAGAUCAACAGAAGAGGAGAAUCUCGUUAUCCUUAAGUUCUGGAGAGACAAGGAUGAGGAGAGCCGGGAGAAUGAGACAUCAUCAUCAUCGUUUGUUUCGCAGUUUUCGAAAUCUCUAUCAUCACUUAUGGAGAAACAAUGGCGGUGAUACUACAGAGAUGGCUUGAUCUCAUAAGCAUUCUUUGUUUAACC